GCUGCCUGGCCAGGUGGCGCAGGCAGGUGAGGGCACCUGGCGGCCAGCAGGUUCCAGCGAGCCAGCUGCCGCCGAGCAACAGCCAGGAGGGAUAGAGUGUCCACGGCUCCUCCCCUUGCCUCCUCAGCCCUCCCCGCAGCCGGGAGCUCAGGUGGAGCUCCGGGGGCCACCCCACAAUGAAGCCGCCGCUGCCCCUCCCCGGGGCUCCCAGGGCCCCCAGACAACGGGCUUGACCCACCCCCCGUGGACGGCCAUCCGUGGGGGCCACGUGGCCACACGGAUGACCGGCCGGGCCUCCCAGGGCUGGGCCAGAGCGUCCUGCCUAAGAGCCCCGGGCUGCGUCCAGGCUCUGGACACCUUUGCUCUCUCCCUCGCGGAGGCACCCAGUCCUCCCAGCCUCUGUGGAUGACUCAUGCUCCGGAGCUCCCGGCAGCUGGUGGAGCCCCCCCCGGCGCCAGCGACUGGGCCGCAGCCCACCCCCCCGGCGGCCAUGCCCACGGAGCCCGCGGGGCUGCUGCCGGGGGACCAUGUGGGGAACAGCUCCCAGGCCGCCUCCCAGCUCUUCCUCACCACCCCGCUGGCCCGCGGCAUCUCGGGCAUCUUUGUGUGGACCGCCCUGGCGCUCACCUGCCACCAGAUCUACCUGCACCUGCGCUCCUACACCGUCCCCAACGAGCAGAGGUACAUCAUCCGCCUGCUCUUCAUGGUGCCAGUCUACGCCCUCAACUCCUGGCUCAGCCUCCUCCUCCUGGGGGCCCGCCAGCACUACAUCUACCUGGACUCUGUGCGGGACUGCUACGAAGCCUUCGUCAUUUACAGCUUCCUGAGCCUCUGUUUCCAGUACCUGGGCGGCGAGAGCGCCAUCAUGGCUGAGAUUCGGGGGAAGCCCGUCCGGUCCAGCUGCCUCUACGGCACCUGCUGCCUGCGGGGCGUGGCCUACUCCAUCGGGUUCCUGCGCUUCUGCAAGCAGGCCACGCUGCAGUUCUGCGUCGUGAAGCCGGGCAUGGCCUUGGUCACCAUCGUCCUGCAGGCGGUCGGCAAAUACCACGAUGGGGACUUCAACAUCCGCAGCGGCUACCUCUACGUGACCCUCCUGGACAACGCCUCCGUCAGCCUGGCCCUCUACGCCCUGACCCUCUUCUACUUGGCCACUCGGGAGCUCCUGCGGCCCUUCGAGCCUGUCCUCAAGUUCCUCACCGUCAAGGCCGUGGUCUUCCUCUCCUUCUGGCAGGGGGUGCUGCUGGCCAUCCUGGAGAGGUGCGGGGCCAUCCCUGAGGUCCAGGCAGUGGACGGGAGCAGGGUGGGGGCCGGCACGCUGGCCGCUGGCUACCAGAACUUCAUCAUCUGCGUCGAGAUGCUCUUCGCCGCCAUUGCCCUGCGCUGCGCCUUCCCCUGCCAGGUGUACUCGGAGAAGGGCAGCUCGCCAGCCCCCGCAGCGGCCAUGCAGAGCAUCUCCAGCGGCCUCAGGGAGACCGUGAGCCCGCGGGACAUCGUGCAGGACGCUGUGCACAACUUCUCGCCCGCCUACCAGCACUACACGCAGCAGGCCACGCAGGAGGGCCCGCGGCCCGGCCCCCUGCCCGGGGGCGCUGGCGGCGGCCGGAAGGGCCGCGACGUGGAGAAGAGGACGCUGAUCCCCGGGGAGGAGCUCUAGCGGCUGGGCAGUCUGGCCCCUGGGGAAGGACCGGGGCCCCCGCCCGCCCACCCUCUCGCCAAAGGUCAAGGUCUUCCCCAGAGCCCUCCUGCCAGGCCGGUGGGAGGGUGAGUGAGCUUGUCUGAGGGUCCAGGGACCUGCGGGUGCAGUUGGCCGUCAUCCAGGUGGCCACCGUGGGCAGCAUGCCAUCGUGGCCCCCCCACCCCAGGGAGAUGCACCCCGUGUGGGCUGGGGGUGCAGGGCCACCAGAGGGGCAGGCGGGGCUGCUGCUUACGCAGAAGCCCGGGUUUCUAGCGAUUCCUGCGCCUCCGUCCCUCGGGGCCGGCACCUGGACCCACAUACUGGAGCAGGUUGGGGUCAGGGUGCUGGGGGAGUGUCCUGCUCCGUGCAGGGCAGAUGCAGUGGCCCGCCCUGUGCCACCCAAGGGUGCAGAGGGGCCUGGAGCCUGCCCCCCGGGCUCUCCCUCUGUCAGUCGGGGGAGCAGAGCUGGAUGGACGAGGGCCUGACCUCCGAAGCCAAGAGGGGGAGCAGAGGGGGCCCUUCAGGGAGGAGGCGCCUCCUGGAGCACUGUGGCUGGGCCUGGGGGUCAGGGUUAUCACAGGGGCGAGGGCAACAGCGGCUGUGGGUCUUGGUCCGUUCUGUGUCCAGGCGUCCAGCAGGGUGGGGUGGGAGCCGGGGGAAGGUGCAAGGGGCCGGACAGUGGCGUGGUGCCCAAGAGCCUGUAGACAGGGAGGCCCAGGGGCCACCGCCUGCCCCCUUUCCCGGUCCCCCAGCUGCCCACUCCUGCAUCACCAGGGAGAGAGGCAGAGGUGCCAGGAGUCUCAGAGAGCUGGGCGGGGCCUGGCCCGAGGGGUCCACAAUGAACAGGUCACUCCCCAGGCCUGAGCACAGGAUGCUCAUGGCCAGCAGCCUCCC